AUGGUCCGUGUUGUGCCGCCGCCCCCCGCCCGCCCCGCUCCGAGCCGGCAGCGGCCGCAGCCGCAGAUGGCGCGGCGGGGACCGGGAAGGCGGGGCGGAAGGUUACCGGCGCCGCCGCCGCCGCCGCUGUUGGCGCUACUGCUGCUGUUGGUGCUGGGCCCCGCCGCCGCCGCCGGCGAGGAAGUGGCUGUGUCCAAGGAAUGCGACAAGCCGUGCGCCAACGGCGGGCGGUGCCAGCCGGGCACCGGGCAGUGCGAGUGCCAGCCUGGCUGGGUGGGCGACCAGUGCCAGCACUGCGGGGGGCGCUUCAGACUCACUGAACCUUCAGGGUAUGUCACAGAUGGGCCUGGAAAUUACAAAUACAAGACAAAAUGCACCUGGCUCAUUGAAGGAAGGCCAAAUACAAUCCUCAGGCUUCGAUUCAAUCACUUUGCCACAGAGUGCAGCUGGGACCACUUGUAUGUGUAUGAUGGAGACUCAAUUUAUGCUCCCUUACUGGCAGCUUUUAGUGGUCUUAUUGUUCCUGAGAAAGACAGCAAUGAAACAGUACCUGAAGUUGUAGCUACUUCUGGAUAUGCCCUUCUACAUUUCUUCAGUGAUGCUGCCUAUAAUCUCACAGGGUUUAACAUCACCUAUAAUUUCAAUAUGUGUCCCAAUAACUGCUCUGGCCAAGGGGAGUGUAGGCUCAACAGCAGCACCAUGGCCCUGCAGUGUGAGUGUGCCGAGCGCUGGAAGGGAGAGGCUUGUGAUAUUCCCUACUGCCCGGAGAACUGUGGGGCACCUGAGAGAGGCCAGUGUAACCUCAAUGGCUCUAAAGUGUGUUUGUGCUCUGCAGGAUGGCAAGGUCCUGGCUGUUCAAUUCCUCUUCCUGGAAACCAGUCGUUUUGGACCCGGGAGGAAUACACUCUUCCAAAACUUCCUAGAGCAUCUCACAAAACCAUCAUCCAUGACAAUAAAAUGUGGAUUGUUGGGGGCUAUGUCUUCAAUCAUUCUGACUCUCAGAAGGUUUUAGCGUAUGAUCUUAUUUCUGAAGAGUGGCUUCCACUGAACAACUCUGUGAACUCAGUAGAGAUGAGAUACGGUCAUUCGUUGGCAUUGCACAAGGAUAACAUCUACAUGUAUGGUGGUAAGAUAGAUGCGACGGGGAACGUGAGCAGCCAGCUGUGGGUGUUCCACAUCCCCAGGCAGAGCUGGGCCGCCGUGACUCCCAAGGCCAAGGAGCAGUACGCCGUGGUGGGGCACUCGGCCCACAUCGUCACCCUGCAGGACAGCAGCACCGUCAUGCUGGUGCUGUUUGGGCACUGCCCCCUCUACGGCUACAUCAGCAAUGUGCAGGAGUACAACCUGGUGACAAAUACCUGGAGCAUCUUACAGACAAGUGGAGCUUUGGUGCAAGGAGGAUAUGGUCACAGCAGUGUUUAUGAUCCAAAUACAAGAUCAAUCUAUAUCCAUGGGGGUUACAAAGCGUUCAGUGCCAACAAGUACAGACUGGCAGAUGAUCUGUACAAGUAUGAAGUUGAUUCCCGUAUGUGGACUAUUCUGAAAGACAGCAGAUUUUUUCGCUACUUGCACACAGCUGUGAUAGUGAGUGGGACCAUGCUGGUGUUUGGAGGAAACACUCACAAUGACACCUCCAUGAGCCACGGAGCCAAGUGCUUUUCUUCGGAUUUUAUGGCCUAUGAUAUUGCCUGCGACCGAUGGUCGGUGCUCCCCCGGCCGGCCCUGCACCACGAUGUGAACAGGUUUGGGCACUCUGCUGUGCUGUACAACAGCACCAUGUAUGUGUUUGGAGGCUUCAACAGCCUCCUCCUGAGUGACAUCCUGAAGUUCACACCUGAGAGAUGUGAGGCUUUUGACAAUGAGAUGUCCUGCCUGCGGGCAGGUCCUGGUGUCAGAUGUGUGUGGGCUCCCCGCCCUCCUGGCUGCAUCCCCUGGGAAAAUGCAACAGUGGAGCAGCAGCAAAAGGUCUUUGAAGACUGUCCUCCCAAGCCAGUUGUAGACAAUGAAAAAUGUGAUCAGAUUACAGACUGCUACAGCUGCACAGCCAACACAAACAGCUGUCAGUGGUGUUCUGACCAGUGUAUCCCAGCACACAACAACUGCACAGAGGAACAGGUUCCUGUUACUCUCUAUGACAAUUGCCCUAAGGAUAAUCCUGCCUACUACUGUAACAAAAAGACGAGUUGUAAAAGCUGUGCCAUGGAUCAAAACUGUCAGUGGGAACCUAGGAAUCAGGAGUGCAUUGCUUUGCCAGAAAAUAUCUGCGGAGCAAACUGGCAUUUGGUUGGCAACUCCUGUCUGAAGAUCACCAAUGCCAAGGAGAACUAUGAUCAUGCCAAACUGUCCUGCAGAUCCAACGGUGCUUUACUGGCUUCUCUCACCACCCAGAAGAAGGUGGAGUUUGUUCUGAAGGAGGUGCAGAAGUUUCAGUCUUCGCCCAAGACUUUGACUCCGUGGGUUGGACUGAGGAAAAUCAAUGUGUCCUAUUGGUGCUGGGAAGACAUGUCUCCCUUCACCAACACCCUCGUCCAGUGGCUUCCCAAUGAACCAAGUGAUGCUGGAUUUUGUGGAUAUUUAGCUGAGCCUUCCCAACAGGGAUUGAAGGCAGCAAUGUGUAUCAACGAGGUCAAUGGCACUGUCUGUGAAAGGCCAGCCAACCACAGCGCCAAGCAGUGCCGCACGCCCUGCGCGCUGCGCGCCGCCUGCGCCGAGUGCACCAGCGGCAGCUCCGAGUGCAUGUGGUGCAGCAACAUGAAGCAGUGCGUAGACUCCAACGCCUACGUGGCCUCGUUCCCCUACGGGCAGUGCAUGGAGUGGUACACCAUGAGCAGCUGUCCACCUGAAAACUGCUCAGGGUACUGCACCUGUGCUCAGUGCUUGGAGCAGCCGGGCUGUGGAUGGUGCACAGACCCGAGCAACACUGGGAAGGGCAAGUGCAUCGAAGGCUCUUACCGGGGUCCUGUCAAGAUGCCAACCCCAUCCACACCAGGGAAACACAGCUUGGAGCCUGUCCUCAAUGUCAGCCUGUGUCCUGUGGAGAAUAGCUAUAACUGGUCCUUUAUUCAGUGUCCAGCCUGUCAGUGUAAUGGGCACAGCAAGUGUGUAAACGAGAGCAUCUGUGAGAAGUGUGAAAACCUGACCACGGGCAGGCACUGUGAGAUGUGUAUCUCUGGCUACUAUGGGGAUCCCACCAACGGGGGCACGUGCCAGCCUUGCAAGUGCAAUGGCCACGCGUCCGUCUGCAACACAAACACAGGGAAAUGUUUCUGCACAACCAAGGGAAUCAAAGGAGAUGAGUGUCAGCUGUGUGAAGUUGAAAACAGAUAUCAGGGAAAUCCACUUAAAGGAACGUGUUACUAUACCCUUCUCAUUGACUAUCAGUUUACCUUCAGCCUUUCCCAGGAGGACGAUCGUUAUUACACUGCAAUCAACUUUGUAGCAACACCUGAAGAGCAAAACAGAGACCUGGACAUGUUUAUCAAUGCAUCUAAAAACUUCAACCUCAACAUUACUUGGUCCACAAGUUUUGCAGCUGGUACUCAGGCUGGGGAGGAAAUUCCAGUUGUUUCCAGAACCAAUGUAAAAGAGUACAAGGACAGUUUCUCCAAUGAGAAAUUUGAUUUCCGCAACAACCCGAACAUCACGUUCUUUGUUUACGUCAGCAAUUUCACCUGGCCCAUAAAAAUACAGAUUGCAUUCUCAGAGCACAGCAACUUUAUGGACCUGGUGCAGUUCUUUGUGACAUUUUUCAGUUGUUUCCUGUCAUUGCUCCUGGUGGCAGCUGUGGUUUGGAAGAUUAAACAAAGUUGUUGGGCAUCACGACGGAGAGAGGCACCUGUUAACGCACAGACUGGUACGGCACGCAAGGUCUGAUGGCAAAACAAUCCUGCUUUUACACAGAACAGUCACUAGGACUGUAAGUCGCUGAACACUUUUUCCUUUGACGCUGAUGUGAAGAGAGUUUCUCUCUCUCUCUCUCUCUCUCUCUCAUCCGAGUCCUGCUGAAUAAAAAGUACACUUAGGAAGAAUGCAGGUGGGGAGAGAUGAAAGAUUAAACAUUUUUUUCCAAGUACCUCUGCAUCAACUAAGACCAGUUACAGACAUCACACCUGCAUGCUGCAGACAAACGACUGAUUUUCCAAGGUGUACUUUGAAACCUACUGUAUCCUGCUUUGGAAUCUCUACCAAAACUCAGAGUAGCUGUUCUGGAUCCGGGAAUUUUGAGGUAACUGUAAAAAAAAAAAAAAAAAAAAAGCAGACACAAGAGAAAUGAAACUGUUUUCCCUCUGGGAAUGACAUUUCUUUUAUACUUUUUGUUCCACUUCAGUCCUUGAAAGGCAGCUUCUGGGCGAAUAUCAUGCAGAGGCCCAGUGUAGGAAUCGGACUGACUGACAUGCCAAGCCAGACCAGUGUUUUGGGUGAGGAGUUGGCCCAUGGCCCCAGACCUUGGAGGGCAUUUGUUUAAGUUUAGAAUAGCUCCUAAGAAGGUUGUCACAGGUUUUAAAAAUUCUUUAUGGCAAAGCUUUAAGGUAAAGCUUUAUAACCCUCAUUUCCCAUUGGUUGCCUCUAUUCCCAGUUAUGUCAUCCCUUGUCUCCUCCCAGCUCUGGAAAGUUCUUGUAUCCUUGUACCCCCCCCCACUGGUUUAUGUUCACUGCACUGUUCCACCCAUCCUACCUUAUCGGCCCCUGCCCUGUAUUACUCCUCCCUUACACCACUUUUCCCUUUACCCACUGGAUUCUCACCCUGGACCCACCUCCCAUCAUCCCUUAUAAAUACCCUGGAUUUUCCCUCAGCCUUGUCUUCGACCCUGAACUCUUCCAGUGUAUGCCCUCGCUGCAGGGGACUGUCAGGCCUGAAUGGCUGGGAGUUCGUCCUCUUCUCCCUGGGCAAGCAGAAAUUGGCAUUCAUUACACCACAGAAAUGCUUUCUGAAACCUUUCCCCUCCCCUGCCCUUGGCUGCUACAUCUUCUCUCUCUGCCUCGGAACUGACAGCUGUAUCCCUGAGGUCAUUUCCCCUGCCUGACUUCUGCGCAGCUCCAAGCUGGGACAAACUGGGAUAACUUAGGGGGGACAGAGGUGAGACUUUUAUUUAGCAGGAUUUUUCUCCGACUUCUAAUUACAGCCAAAACAUUCUCCAAUCCCCCACUGAGAAGAGCACAAACUCACAGCCAUUCCGGGCUGAGGGAAAUGUGACACAGUAUCAAUAAAUAAGUGACCUUUCCUGGGAGCAGCCAUCACCCCAGUCCUCCAGCCUCUGCGAGCUGCUGCAGUCAAUGGACCCAACUUCCAAGGCUUAACCUACAUUUCUGUCAGCUCUCGUUCGAAAGCUCCCGGACAGUAAAUCACACGACAGAAUUUUAAAAUGGCACCAAGAAUAACAGAGCCCAGGCCAAACCCAACCACCCCCAUCGCUGCUCCACCCCGCUCUUGGCAGAAACAGUCGUAUCCUUUAGAAAUCCUCUCCUUCCCCUGCUACUCAGUCCUUCGCUGCCCAUCCCCACAGAGGAUUUACUCCACCUUUGGCUCCCCACAGCACCUCUCUCCCCAGCACAAAUCCCACUUGGCACAGACACAGACGGAGCAGACCUAAGGCAACGGAUCCAGCAGCAGCUGCGAUUCCGAGCUCCCCGUUCCCCGCACAGCUCAUCCAUCCAAGCACUCCUGGCAAUCUCACCUCAGCCCGGACUCUCUGUUCCUCAGAGGCAAACACGGCCUGAUGGGGCACGGCUCUGGCACCCCAUUUCCUCCGGCUGCUGCUGACCUGGAAAGCCACAGGGAAACGCAGUCCCCCCGGAACCUCACAUCCCUGGAUACCAGCAGAGCCGCAGUUUCACCCAGAUCCCAGAUUCCAUAGACACUUCAUCCCAGCGGGGAGGAAAAGGGGAACCCUGCGCGGUCAGGACCGGGAGCCCCCCAGUGCAGAGCCCUGGUGCUGAAGGCACCUUGGCUCUGGCUCCUCAAACACCACAGCUUUUGGCAAAGAUGGGAGGAGUGGAACCGUUUCUCCGGUCCUGGAAGAGAAGAAGAGGAAAAGAAAAUGAAGUCCCCCUGCAGAAGUCAAAGGAUCCCAGCUUUCACACUUCUGCUGCGGACGGACUGCUCGCUGUGGGGCUGCAUCCGAGACAGGCGACGGCUGCAGUACCGCGCUGUGCCCACAAGGCGGCAGCACUGCCGCCGAGCUCAGCCCGGGGCUGCGGCGCUUUGGGGACGGACAGACAGACAGACAGACAGACGGACAGACAAGGGAUGGGGGGAGGGAAUGAAACAACGAGAUCCAUCCCUUCAGGAAAUCCCCCUGAAUGAAUGCACCAAAAUAAACCCCAGCCAAAACUAAAGAAAGCCUUCCUCUAACGAAAUGAAAACAAACAAAAAUUUUUCAUGUAUUCUACGGCCACCCCUCCCUGGGAAUGUCCUGGCACCCGUGGGUCCCUCUGGGGGAGGGCACCCAGCACGGCCCCCCCCCCAUUCCCCACUCCCCUGCUCCUGCCCCGCAGCGUGGCUCCCUCUGCCGGGGACCUCGGGCUGCCCCGAAACACAUCGGAGCCCCCCGAGUCUCCACCCCGUCCCCCCCUCAGCCUUCUUUCCUCACCCCCAAAAUGAAGGCACAGAACCGCUCCAGCUGCCCUGGAUGGCAGCACGGCCCAUGAUGGGAACCCUUCCCACGGGUCCAUGCCCCCAAAAAGGGACCCUGCUGGCACAAGGAAAGGGGGGGGGGGGCAGCCCCCAGGAGGGCUAAAGUUCCUCCCCAGCCCCGCAGACACAGAGGACACGAGGCAGAAAGAGAGAGUGGCAGCAGAGAGGACACGGGAAAGAAAAUGAAGAUCAGGGUGCAGGAUGAAAUGGAGGAAAAAAAAAAUAAAAACCAAAACCACAAGAAAGGGAUGCUAGAUGGGCAGCACGAGAGAGGGAUUAAAAAAGAACAGGGGCAGCGAACGGGACACAAGGAUCCCGGGGGAAACAAUGGCACGGGGAGCACCACAGAGCCACAGGGAACAGAACGGGAACACGAGUGAGGCACGAAGAAGGACAGACAAAAAGACGGAGUCCCAAACACACAGCAAGGACGCAGGGACACAGAGACAAAAAGGGAAACCAGGACCGGGAGACAGGAAUCGACCACGCCACGUGCUCGGGAGGGUAAAGACGGGCAAGGAGCGGCACGGGGACAGAAAAGGCACGGCCAGCAGGACAGAGGCUCACCAAGAGAGCGUGCAGUCAGGGAGCAGCACUGGGCAGCAGUCAGACUGGGCAUGGCUCCUCUAGGACAAAAACAUUUACAGUUAGAAGCCAUUCCCUCCCUGGCAUCUCAUUUGUAUUUAACCUCCCCAGAAGUGAAUUCAUAUCACGAGCAAUGUGCAGUCCUGGCUUCUCCCCGCCCAGGAUUUGGACAGGGGACCUGGGCACAGCACCCACUUGUGAGUCAGUGGAACACAUCCCAGGUGACACUUCAAGGGAUCUCCUUCUGGCACUGCAUGUUUGCAGAUCUGGGCUGGCACAUUCGACUCCCCUCAUGGCCACAUUCAAGAACAAGUGACCACAUUUGGCAGAGAAUUCCCAAGAAAACUCACGUGCCAUCAGUGAGCAGAAAAUCCUUUGGGGUUUAGUUCCAUCUCUCACCUGUUCCCAGUGGAGGGAAGAUGGGCUUUUGUCACACAUCACAGCAGCAGUGAUGGAGCAGGCCUUUUUUAUUCUAAAAUUUAAUGAGAGGUAAUAAAAAUAAACCAGGUCUGAUAGAAAUGCCUUUUAAAGCCAUUAAAGCUUUUUAAAGCCAAGGAGACCAUCACCAUGCCCGAGUUCAGUCUCCUAUUCCUACUGGUUUUGGUAUCAGCAAAUCCAUCAGGCUCUUUUCAGAACUAGUGCUUCAUAUCAACUAAACCUCUGGCUCCUCUUUAUUUGCACUUACAGCCCCUUGCAGGAAUCUCUGCAGCCCUUUUCCCCCCCAUCCUGCAUUGGAGAGAGGAGGGAUAUUAGUGACACAUGUAUGCUCAAACAAUCCUUCUGGCUCUUCAAAAAGUUCCAAACGCCUGUAAUAAAAUUGAUAUCAAGUAAUAUUGGGUCUCAGGCUGUUCAAGAAAAGGGAAAGUGGAGCUUUGAUGUCCCACUGAGAGCUGUUGAAUAAAAUCUUCCCCGUGAGCUUGCACACAGCAAUAACAUUUUUUGGACCAAACCAAAGUAAGAAUUUUUUGACAAAACAACUUAGGUCUGUGUGAGCACACUUUUUCCUUUCGUGCUGAUGGGAACAGAGCUCCUUUCUCUCACCUGAGUGCUGCUGAAUAAAACGUACACCUAGGAAGAAUGCAGGUGGGGAGGGAUGAAAGAGUCAACUUGUUCCAGAGUACAUCUAGCAGCACAUAGGACAGAAGCGCACGCGACUGAAACAUUGUAUCCAGAACCACAGGAACAGCGGGCUCGGAAUUCUCAGCAGCUGCUCCCUCUGGCUACUUCAAGGACUUUCCCAGGCAGGGAAUCCAGCCGGGGCUCCCGGCUGGAAGAGGCACCUUUGCAACAAAAUGCCAUGGCAACUUGCUCCAAACCAGCGCUGCAGCUGCUGCCGCAUGCAGAGGACAUCGGGCUGCUGCCAGCUGAAAGGGGGAGCUGGAAUUGUGCCUGGGAAUUCUCCCGUGCCCGCUCUCCCACGCCGCCCCGUCCUUCCGCCCCUCUCACCUUUCCGGCAGAGAGAGCAGCUGCCUCCUCCUGCGGGCUGCUCCCGGCUGCGGGUAGGGCGAUGGCUCCGGGAGCUGGGCGACCGCUCUUCCUUCGUCGAUGCUUUCCCCGGGCGGGAGCGGACCGGGCAGCGCGGAGAGGUGGCGCGGCGGGAGGGGAGUCGCUCUCCGCGACGGCGGCCGUGGAAGGACCCCAGCAGAGAGAGGGGCGGAGCCGCCGCUGCCUGUCGGCGCCCGCCGGGCUCCCGCGCGUCCGC